CCAAACACAGUCCAAAACGUUUCCUCAUAACCACUUUAUUUUUUUUAUGUUAUUAUUAGUUUUUUCAUUUCUCAUUUUUGUCUUGUAAUUUUCUCUCUCUUUUCUUGUGUUAGCGGGCAAAGAAGCAUUGAAACCAUCGUAGAUCCAAACAAUGUCAUGAAUAUUCAAUUCUAUUCAUGAUUAGGUUCUUAUUUCUCUGUCUUAUUACCUAGGGUUUUGAUUAUCUUACCCUAUAGAAUAGAAUCUAUCUAUUUCCAUAAAAUCUCCUUUUUUUUCUUUGAAUUUUCGUUAAGGUUGAGUGAACCAGAUGUUGUUGAAUUCAUAAAACAAAUAUUGAGUAAUGUGGAUAUUUAGAGAUUGAAAACGAAUAUUGAACUUGGGUGUUGAGUUUAAUUGAGGAUUCAUUGCUGGAAAAUUUGUGUGUUUUAUCUCUGCAUAUAAGGUGAUUGGUUUUGGAUCUGAAUGAGAGAUGUGUAAUUGCUAAGGGAUCCUCUGCUUAAUUGUAGAGGAUCCCUGUUGGAAGGAAAAUCAAAACCUGGGUUUUGGAUUUCAAUGUUCAAAAUGUGGUUAGUUUGUGAGUAAUUGGUGAUUUUUGUGAGAAGUGAUAGUUAGAAGAGAAGAAUUGGGGUUAUUGAAUUAAGAAGUUAUAUUACACAGUGAAUAGAGAUUAGGGAUGUACUCUUUGGGAGCAGAUUCUGUGUCGGAAUCAUCGGUCGGAGCUGCUACUGGUGUUAAUUUAAUUCCAGCACGUUUCGUUUGGCCGUAUGGUGGGACAAGUGUUUUUAUUAGUGGCUCCUUCACGAGGUGGACAGAGUCUAUACCAAUGUCCCCGGUGGAGGGUUGCCCGGUGGUGUUUCAGGCUAUUCUCAACUUACCGCCAGGAUACCAUCAGUACAAGUUUUUUGUUGAUGGAGAGUGGCGGCAUGAUGAGCGUCUUCCUAUUGUUUCUGGGAAUUAUGGGAUAGUGAAUAUUAGGCGGCUAAUUAGGGAACCUGAUCCGUUUCCAUUAACCUUGGCUCCAGAGACACCUCGGUCCAGAUCCCAUAUGGAUGUGGAUGAGGAGGCUCUUGAAAGUGUGGUGACAGUAAUUGAUGACACACUGCAGGAGGCAGUGCCAAAUGUUUCUUCUGUUGAUUUGGAGGUCUCUCGUCGCCGCAUUUCAGUUUUUUUGUCGACUCAUACAGCUUACGAGUUGCUCCCUGAGUCAGGCAAGGUCAUUGCUUUGGAUGUUAAUUUACCUGUCAAGCAAGCUUUUCACAUACUCUAUGAGCAGGGAAUAACCAUGGCGCCUUUGUGGGAUUUCUGCAAUGCGCAAUUUGUUGGAGUUAUUACUGCAUCAGACUUUGUCUUAAUCCUGAGAGAGUUGCAGCUUGGCCAUGGAUCAAAUUUGACAGAGGAAGAGCUCGAGACACACACUAUAGCCGCCUGGAAAGAGGGGAAAAUGCAUAUUAAAAGACAAACCGACGGAAAUGGAAGGGUGUUUCCUAGGCGUCUUAUCCAAGCGGGACCAUAUGAUUCCUUAAAGGAUCUUUCAGUUAAAAUUAUGCAAAAUGAUGUGGCUACAGUUCCAAUUAUUCAUUCCGCUUCACAGGAUGGUUCAUUUCCGCAGCUACUACACAUUGCUUCCCUUUCAGGAAUUCUUAAAUGUAUUUGCAGGCAUUUUAGACAUUCUUCCAGCUUAUUGCCGAUUCUGCAGCAACCAAUUUGUUCAUUUCCUUUGGGAACUUGGCUGCCAAAAAUUGGAGAAUCUAAUGGGCGACCUUUGGCAAUGUUGAGACCAAACGCAUCUCUUUAUUCGGCCCUAUCCUUGUUAAUUCAGGCUCAAGUUAGUUCAAUACCAAUAGUUGACGAUAAUGAUUCACUACUGGAUAUCUAUUCUCGAAGUGACAUUACUGCUUUGGCUAAAGAUAAAGCAUAUGCGCGGAUUCAGCUAGAUGAAAUGAGUAUUUACCAGGCACUGCAAUUGGGCCAAGAUGCAAGUUCUCCUCAUGGCUUCGUCAAUGGGCAGCGAUGUCACAUGUGUCUGCGUUCUGAUCCGCUUCAUAAAGUGAUGGAGCGAUUGGCCAAUCCUGGGGUGAGACGGCUUGUAAUUGUUGAGGCCGGUAGCAAGCGCGUGGAAGGCAUUAUCUCACUGAGCGAUUUAUUCAGGUUCUUGCUUGGGUUCUGAGAAUGCAUUGGUUUUGAAGUUAUGGAAAGGAGAACUGCUUUGGCGACUCUUCUGGAGAAUCUCAACUAGUUUUUUUUUUUGAUAGAGAUCAGCAUGAUAUUAUUUAGUUGGAUGCAAAGCAUGGGAAAUCUGAUUCCUCCCUUUACUGCGGGUCUUUAGUUGGAUGCAAAGCAUGCCUUGUGCAGAAGAGCCAACACACAGCUUUGGGAUCCCUGAUAUUUAGCAUACACACAGCCUUUAGGGGACCUUGGGAGAGGAUGCAAAGGCUGAACUUUUGUGGGCCUCUUCGUCGUGUAAAUCAUCCUAACCUUACACAGAUGAUUGAAAUUAUAAGCUUUUUGAACCAUUCAUUUUACUGUUAAAUUCACCUAGCUUUUUACAUUUUUUGUUUUGUUUUGUUUUUCUUUUCUGUUUAGUUGUAGCUAUUGUAUUUGUUCAAUGGAACUGGAAUAGUAAAAGACUACUGUGAGGCCAAAAAAGGAAAAUUGACUCCAACAGUUUUUCAUUA